AAAAUUAAUAUUUAGAUUUUCGUUAUCAUCGUACAAGAUCCCGAAAGCACUGUCACUGACACAACACACCAAGUUUCUUACCAGUUUCCAGAGAAUCAACGAACACACAACUUGUUUCUUAAAAUAUGAGCAAAAUAAAAUCAUAUCAAAUCAGCUCUUGAUAUUUCGUUAUCUUAUCUAUCCAUAUAUAAAUUAAAAAUAUAAAUUUAAAAUAUUAUAUAUUCUUCAUAUAUUCAUAUUCAAGUCUUUUCGAUUUAUUAAUUGUCCCUUUCUUCAUCAUCUGUACGUUUGUCUCUGUUUUCUUUAGGUUUCUCAGUUACUUCACUGCGCAUAGCAUCAAUGGAGGAAGAGUUUCAUGUUUUAGCAGUAGAUGACAAUCUCAUUGACCGUAAACUCGUGGAGAGAAUUCUCAAGAUCUCUUCCUGCAAAGUGACAACAGCAGAAAAUGGGCUUAGAGCAUUGGAGUACUUAGGCUUGGGAAAUUCACAACAGACUGAGUCAUUAACUACCAACAGUGUUAUGAAGGUGAAUCUUAUCAUCACUGAUUACUGUAUGCCAGGGAUGACAGGUUUUGAGCUUCUCAAGAUAGUAAAGCAGGAAUCUUCGAAUUUUAAGGAAGUACCUGUCGUUAUAUUGUCAUCAGAGAACAUUCCUACUCGCAUCAACAAAUGUUUAGCCAGCGGGGCUCAGAUGUUUAUGCAGAAGCCACUGAAACUAUCGGAUGUAGAGAAACUCAAGGGUCAUGUCCUAAACUGCAGGAGCUGAAGAUCUGCUUAAUCUCAAAAGCUCAUAGAAUUCUUGUCGACUUCUUUUUAAUAUAUGAGAAAUUUUUUAAAAUUGUGUUUCUAAAGAAUGACAAAGACCGUCUUGGUUAUCUGAAAACACUUCCUGUUUUUUUAACGUACU